UUUAAAAUAAAAAUCUAUUUUAAUUAAAAAUUAGUAUUUCUCAUGGAUAAUACACUUACUGGGAUUCUUCAAGCUAUUAAUCAGUCGAUUUUUCAACGAAAUGGCCCUUUUCUAGGCAAUUUAUUGUCAAUAAGAAAAGAUGCCAAAAGUCUUCGAGAAUUAGUAUUAUCUGGACGUUUUAUUAACCCAGAUCAUGAGAUUUCUCGUAUCCUCUUUGAUCCUUUAUGGGUAGAUGUUGUUUCUUGCUUUUGGAAAACAUCUUUGGCUCUUGAAAACAAACGCGAUAUUGUAGAGGCAACGAACGAACAGUCUGCGGCUGUUUUAAAAGGUUUGUUAACUUGGGAAGCGUGGGUUCUUCCUGUUCUUUUUGCAGUUUGUCGUGAUCUUGAAUUUCUUGCAUUUAGGGCAGACUUAUUCCUGCGAUCAAAAAAUGAAAAAGCAGAGAAAUCAGAGGAAGCUGCAAGAAUGAUUAAUAAAGCUUUUACCAUUUGUAUUACAGAUAGAGCACCUAUUGAAAUGUCUCGAAAAUGGGGAACUUAUUAUAUUAUUGGGGUUCUUUUUAAGAUUUAUUUUAAGAUCAACAAGUUUUCGCUUUCGAAAAAUGUUUUACGUGCAAUUGAGGUAUCUGAGAUGCCUCCUCUUGAAUGUUUUCCAAAAUCUCAUGUGGUUACGUAUAAAUAUUAUCUUGGUGUAUCAGCAUUUUUAAAUGAGGAAUAUCUAGUAGCAGAAACAGAACUAAUGACUUCUUUGGAGCUUUGUCAAAAAAAUUCUCUUAAAAAUUUAGAAUUAAUACUCACUUAUCUUAUACCAACACUUUUAUUGACUUCACAGAAAAUGCCGUCUAGUGCUUUAUUAUCAAAAUUUUCACGUUUGAAGGAUCUUUAUGAACCCCUUAAAAAGUAUAUUCGCAAAGGCAAUUUACGGGGAUAUGACAAACUAUUGUUGAAAAAAGAGAAAGAACUAGUUACUCGUAGAAUAUAUUUAAUUAUUGAAAGAAUUCGUGAUACAUGUAUGAGAAAUCUUUUUCGUCGUGUAUUUCUUUUAAAUGGGGGAAAUACUAGGAUACCAAUUGAACAAUUUCAUAUUGCCUUAAAGCAUUCAGGACUAGAUAAUGAUAUUGCUGAAACAGAAUGCUUUUUGGCUAAUAUGAUAUACAAGGUAACAAUGUUACAUACAUCAAGAACGGCAGAUGAUUAUUUUAUCACUAAAAGAUCCUUUUCCUAG